AUGAGUUGGCAAACUAUCUCCACAAACAAUGCUGUUGUAACUGGAACCUACGCACUGAUCAAGCGGCAUUCGAAGGUUUUUCUACCUCAGGAGUUAGUCGAUGAUGUAUCAGUAGAUGAGGCGAAGAUAGUUCAAAUGACGUAUCGUAGGUUUAUGAGACUUCGACCAUUCAUAUCCAGGAGAAAAAUGGUUAGAGAUACAUAUACUGCCUAUUUGCGCUACAAAUUUAAGAAGGAAAACUAUGCUCUUAAGAGAUCUAUGGUUGUAAUGGAGCCACAACGAUGUUGCAUUCGAAAAGAGUUAUGGAAUAGUCUCAUGUUUUUCACAAAAUCAGUCAUUUAUUUGCCUGAAAGCAAGACAUGCAAAUACGAAAUUUCGAGGGACAAUACAGCUUGCCGUCAGAUUUUGAAGAAUAUGCUUACGAUGGAAUUUCAGAAAGAAUCUAUAAUAUAUGGAAGUAGGCUUAGAGACAACAAACUGUAUUUGAAUCUACGGGAAUCUUUUCAGUAUGUCAAAUGCGAACAACAUUCCAAUCCAAAUCUCAUGAUAAUUGGUGAAUUCGACAGGUAUAUAAUUUACUUAAAUGAACUGUUGCAUACAAGACUCUAA